CAGCCUGUCCAGAUCAACAGCAUACACUGAUUGCCCUCCUCUGUCCUCCACCCAGAAAUACUGCAGCCCCCAGUCCUUCAAAACACCUCUGCAGGCUCCUGUGGCCAAGCCUUGUCCCCACCAGCUUGCAAUCAUGGGAAUGCUGAGAAAUCAGUGGUGUUGGAGGGAACUCUCUGGAUUCAUCUGGUCCAACCCUCACUUCAGCAGUGACAUCUAGAUCAGGGUGGCCAGGACGACGUCCAUGUGGCUUCUGAAGAUCUCCAUGGUGGAGGCUCCACAGCCUGUCUGGGCAAGCUGCUCCAAUCAGGCUGGAUGAUUUCCCCUCUUAGGGAAAGAAAUUCCACAGAAAAGAUGCAGUAAGAAAUUAACACUUUCCCAGAGGGUCUAUAAACACCAGCAGACUUCUAGGAGUUGUUCACAAGGGCUUCUUAGCAAAGGCAUACAAAUACUGUGUGACAAUUAGCCUGCCUAGAAGUGAGGAGAGGCAGCAUAAUAUUUCUUCUUGUAUCAUAACUAAUAUGUUUGCUGAUGUCUUUUAUUUUUCUCUUCUCACAUCUUCAUGGGGUCGGCACAUUCCUUGCUGUCAGUGAUCCUUUGGGUGCCCCAUGUCCACGCGGUGUGGGCCUGUGUGCGGUCCUGCCCUGCCAACUGUGUGUGCACCCAGGAACGGAGCUGCUCUGUCCUCUGUGACCGUGCCGGCCUGGGACAGAUCCCCAGUGAAUUCCCCUGUGAAGCUUCCUCUAUUAACCUGGACAAAAACAGCAUCAAGUUCCUCUCCGAGAGGGCCUUUGGUACUUUGCCUUCCCUUAAAUCCCUGUCCCUCAACCACAACAAUAUCUCCUUCAUCACUCCGGGGGCUUUCAAAGGGCUGCCCAGCCUGACAGAGCUGAAGAUGGCUCACAACGAGUACAUCCGCUACCUGCACACACGGACAUUCACUGCUCUCCGGCGGCUGGUCAAAUUGGACCUGGCGGACUGCAACCUCUUCAAUAUCCCAGACAGGAUCUUCAUUGAGCUGCCCUCUCUGCAGGAGCUUUUCUGCUUCCAGAACAACUUCCGAAGGAUUCCAGGUGCCAUUAGGGGCAUGGAAAAUCUGACCCAUGUCUACCUGGAGAGAAACAGGAUCGAAGCGGUAGCCUACAACUCCCUGCAGGGGCUGACCAAGCUAAAAUACCUGAAUCUACAAGACAACAGGAUAAAUGUUGUUCACGAGCGAGCUUUUCAGGGCUGCCGAAAGAUGGAGUACCUGUACCUGAAUGACAAUUUGAUCAGCGAGCUUCCAGAAAAUUCCUUUGAUGGCCUGAGGUGCCUGAAAAUGCUCAACUUAGGGGGGAAUUUCCUCAGGAACGUUUCCAACACUUGGUUCAGGGACCUGGUGGAGCUGGAGGUCCUCUAUCUUGACCGCAACAGGAUCAACUACAUUGAGGAGGGGGCUUUUGAGAACCUCACCAGCCUUGUCUCCUUGCACUUGAACAGCAACAACCUGACGACCCUGCCCUUCUCUGUCUUCCAGCCUGUGUACUUCCUGGGACGGCUGUACCUCUUCCGCAACCCCUGGGAGUGUGACUGCCGCAUUGAAUGGCUGAAGGAGUGGAUGGAGAACUACAGACUUGUCAGGGACAUUCCCUGUGCCUCCCCGUCCUCUGUAGCUGGGAUUGAUCUAAUGGACGUGCUCUACGAUAGAUCACCAGAAGGUUACUGUCUUGACCCCGUGGAACUAAAUGUCACAUCUGACAUUCCGACUCCUAGCAGUGAGCCUUUCUCUACCACAGAGAGCAAGUUCAACAGCCUUAUUUCUAAACUCUUGCUUCAGAUGGGCCUUCCCGAAGAGGUGGCAAACACUACUGAAGUCUUCAGUAACACUACACAACUGGAUGGACUCACUGAUGGGGUUACUUCUGGCACAAGGGAAGACAGCAGCAAAGCCAUCUCCUUUUCUUUCCACCUCCCAGCACUUCUUACAGUGGUUAUUUUCCAGAGCAAGUAGUGCAGAGGCUGCCUGAAGCAUGCGUCCUGCUGGAGCAUUUAGUCUUUGUCUCUUCCUUGCACUGCCCAGGGUUGCUACAAAACUUCACUGACCCUUUUAAAGAGGAGGAUGGUACCUGGUCUGGGGUGAGCAUGGCAUUUUGGGAGUGAUGUUAGAUAAGGAUUUUGUUCUUCUUCUCCCUGCUAUCCUGAGACAUCUGCAGGAAAAUCAGAGACACACAUUUUUGUCAAAACAGUCUUCUCCAAGGAAAAGCUUUCAACACAACAGUUGACUCCUCAAUGUCUGUUUCAAAUGCUCGAUUCAUUUUUCAAUGAAUAUAUUGUUUCAAGGAAUAUGCUGUUUUUAUUUAUAGGUUAUUUCAUGUCCUGAUAGCAGGAGUGGAAUACGGCAAUGACAAAUGUAGACAGACUGUACUGUACUGUUUUGUAUUUCUAUCAGUCAUUAAUAUUUAUCACACAAUACUAUCAUACAUAACUUAUCAUAUUGUGGUAUACCUGUCCAUAUAAAAUGAUAGGACAUGUAUAAUCACUUAUUAGUACUAAAAUGUCACAAAAUCAGAAUAAAAAUGGAAAUGCAUUUAAAUUAGCCUUUCUAACAUUUCCUUAAACUUUUGUUUUC